AUGGGUGUAUUCACUGAUCAUCCACAUACUGCGAUCACUGAAAAGAUCAAUUCCAUCAUUGAGACAGAUUUGGAACCUGAUAUCGAGUUACCAGAACUUAUAAACACCAUCAAGUUACAGUAUUCAGGAGCUAUUGAAGCAGCUAGAGCAAUUCGUAAAAAAUUGAAAUAUGGUCAAUCGAAAGAACAAUUCAAGAGUUUGGAUUUGCUUAAUGCAAUGGUUGUUAAUGGUGGUAGACAAUUAGAAGAGCUAUAUAAUGACAGAAAGUUGUUGGAAAGAUUAAAGCUGAGUGCAACAGACCCUCAAAUUAAUACAAAAUUGAGAAAAAAGAUUAUUAUAUUGGCUAUCUCUUGGAAUGAAAACUUUUCUGAUAAAAAGUACUAUCAAGGUAUUGCUGGGUUAAAGAAACAGAUUCCUACAAAGAGUUAUAAACGUAAGAAAUCAACAACUGAAACUGGAAGUUCUUCAAAUUUCAUGAAUGAUGAAGCUUAUAAUAGUAGAUCCAGAACAAACACUAGUCAAAAUGUUGAUCCAAAUGUUAAAUAUAAAAUUCCAAAAAUCAAUUUACAGAAAGAAUCUCCAAAGAUCAAGUUAUUAAUUGCUGAAGCCUCACAAGCCUCCAUAAAUUUGAGUAAUUCCCUAAAAAGCGUCAAUGUUGCUAAGGGUGAAACAUCAACAGAUAAUGUCAAAGCUACUCAAUAUUUCGAUAAAUCAAGAAUCAUUAGAAGAAAAAUUUUGCAUUAUCUACAAUUAGUUGAUUCUGAAGAAUUUUUAGGAAGUUUGAUCCACGCCAAUGAAGAAUUAGUUCAAGCCUUACAACAAUAUACAGAAUAUGCAGCAAAGAUAACCAGUCAUGAUUCAGAUGAUGAAAGUUUAAGCUCUUAUGAAUCAGGA